CCCGACAGCCCCAUAGGCAUAGAUAGACCUCAGUACCUCUGUUGUGCCACUUCUUUCCCUACUGACAGUCAGUAGUACUGUAUUAGCAGUAACGGUAACACAGUUAUGUAGUACUGUAGCAGUACUAGUAGAUCAGCAAUUUACCUUCGAAAUAGCAUGAAUUGAACAUCAGAAUUUUCUGAAGCCCGCGAGCUUCUGCAGGCUUCCUCGACGCAGUGUGUCGAAACGCAAAUGGCAAGCUAGAUGACCCGAUGACUGAGUGAGGUAUCGUCUUUACAACGUGGCUUCGCCCCUGAAAUCGGGUAGCGGUCUAGCAGUUGCAGGCAAGUCCGCUGUCCGUCGUGUUGCCUGGGCCGCCGAGCCCGAGCAGCAACGGACCCCAGUGCCGCCAGGCUGCAGGAGCACUAGCAGAAGGAGCAGUGACAACAACAUGGAGCCGCUCAGUGCUGCGACACACGACGGAAGUCGCGGAGAAGAUGAGGUCGAUGGCGAGACUCGAGUUAUUGAGGUCAGCAGUACGGAUGCGCUGAAGAAUCACUUCCUGCGAUUGAGAAACAACAGUCAACAGUCCGUCCGCCGAAUAAUGGGUUUCCCAGACCCGCCGCCUCCGCCAAAAUCUUUCUGGGAGCGAUUGGCUCGGUUCUUCGGCGUAGAUGAGGACCAAGCGGAGCUGAAGAGCUGGAGAAUCCGCCAUGCACUUGCUCUUCAGGGCUAUCUAAAGCGGGAACACGUACCCCAACUGCGCGACUACGAGACUGACGAGGUGGAUACAGUCUGCUUCCGCUGGAAGGUGAAGACACAAGACCAAGAGCGGCUACACCUAGACCCGGCGCAUUCCACGGGAAGAAGCUUUGAGUACCGGGAACUGUGCAGGCCGAAUCCGCCAUCGAAAGCACAUGUGUGGGUCAUGUUCUGGGAGUUUCUGGAGUAUAUCGGACAUCGACUGAAUAUCUGGAGAAAGAACCGAGCUGUGCAGGUCAGAGCAUUCGGAGACAACAUUGUUGAGCAGUUCCAGACACUUGUGGAGGAUAUCAAGUCAAGAGACAGUGCCGACGGAGCUGUAUCUGAGGAGGAAGACGAGGAACCGGAGGAGCUGACGUUCUUUGACAGCCGCUCGUAUCCGCUUUCCUUCUCGGCGGAUGGUGAGGAUGAGACCGACGGGCCUGAACUGAUGUCGUCCAGUUUGGCCAGGCCUCUGAAAGAUGUGUUCACAGAGCGUGCGGCGGAGCGUCAAGCCACAGAUGGUAAUGCUCGCCGCGGACAUCGCACCAUUGAGCAGGAGAAACCAGCCCGGCAAUCAGACCGCUCCAAGACCAACUUUGGCCUGAUCUCAUUCAUUCUCGGCCGUAGGUACAAGCCAGGAACAAUUGACUCUGCCACGGCUGACAAACUCAGCGAUGUGUACAGCUACCGGCCAUACUUCAUGUACUGGGCAUCCACUGUACACAUUCUCGUGCUGAUUAUUUCUCUGGCACAAUUUGGAUUUGCACCCGUCGGUGUUGGUAACAAAGUGGAGACAACGAAUGUUGCCGCAGUUACCGGUGGCUCUGUGUCUGUGGAGCGAGAGAUCGAGCGCAACUUCUGGUUUGGACCAACUUUUACAAACCUCAUUCACUUGGGUGCCAAGUACGGUCCGUGUAUGCGGCAAGACAAGCGCAUAUUUGACGAGAUUGUUCGAGAGCGUGGUGUGGAGCGCGACUUGACCGCAUGCUGUGUGCGUACCGACUCGCAGAUCUGCUUCCAGAGUACGCAGGCCCAAUGCACGGAGAACUUCUUUCGUUGGCUGAAGUGGACUGGCAAUGCUACAGUGCAGUUCACGAACAACAUACCCGUGGCUGUGCCCACGUACUCGACGCCCAGCCUAGUGAGCCAGGCCAAUCCAGCAACGUGCUUCACCGCUAACAACGUUACACGCUGCUACCGCACGUCGGGCUCUGUGUGCGGCCAGGAUCCCAUGUCAUGCAUCAGGCCAGCAUCAACAGCUCCGUUUGAAUGGGUGGACGACAUCUCGCGAUGGCCUGUGUGCGCUGAGGAUGAUUCGGUAGUGAACGUGCCCAGUACAAGCUGUGAGGUCACCGGCCGGCCCUGCUGUGUUGGCAAGCAGGGUGUGUGCACCAUUGCUACAGAGGAGCACUGCAACUAUGUGAACGGAUUCUACCAUGGUGACAAGCGCCUUUGCUCUGAGGUGAACUGUCUGGAAGACAUCUGUGGUCUAACAUCGUUCUUGAACCAGGACCAUCCAGAUCAGUUCUACCGACUGUGGACAUCUCUCUGCCUUCAUGUUGGCAUUUUGCAUCUAGUUCUGACUCUCAUAAUGCACAUGACUAUUGGGCGUCACAUUGAGAAGUUGAUUGGAUGGUUUCGUGUGGGAAUGAUCUAUGUACUAAGCGGCAUAGGCGGAAAUUUAGUCAGCGCCGUCUUUGUACCGUAUCAAGCUGAGGUUGGACCAGGUGGAGCUCUCUUUGGUUUGCUGGCCACUCUGUACAUCGAGAUCAUACAGCAGUGGAGUACGCUGGAGACGCCAGGAGAGGAGCUCUUCAAAGUGUCUGCUGUCGUGCUUUUCCUAUUCGUGGUCGGCCUACUGCCCUACGUGGACAACUUUGCCAACAUCAGCGGCUUCAUAUUUGGCUUGCUGCUGGCCGCCAUCUUUGUUCCGUUCCUGCAAGUCAACCGCAAUCCACAUGCGGCUCUCUCCGGCGAGGCCCACGUCGAGCCGGACUUGCGCAAGAGGAAGAUCAUCAUGAUUGCCGUGGCAACGCCGAUUGUCAUUGUCCUGUUCGUCCUGCUCUGCGUCUUCUUCUGGGUGGUGCAGGACUGGAACUGCAAGUGGUGCCGCUACCUGAACUGUGUGCCGCUAACGGAAACUCUGUGCCAGGAUCUCAGCCAGGACAUACGGCAGCCACGCUUUGUGUACAACCUGGCACCAUCCCUCGGCUAGAUCCUCUUGGCCCUCUUGAUAGCCUAUGAGUUUAUAGACCUCAUUGACACUGUUUUAGUCCUGACAUUAGCUCAAGAAUUAUGAUUUUGUCCGACUUAGGUGGAUUCACAUACUGAACGAAUUUAAUUUAAGUGCAUGUAUGCAUCCUGUUGCAGCUUGUCAGUGUGUUAGGCCACGGUCACACCUAACAAGCCGUUUCCCGCUUGCGCUGAAAGUGGCUUGUGAUGAAUGGGGUGGUUGGUCACACCACUUCGCGAAAUCGGCUGGACUUUUUUGUGUGCUAGAGUUUUUUUCUUCCCGCUCAUUUUUGAAUAUGAUUUUCUCUUGUUUUCCCGUCCGCCUUCUCCAGCACACUUCUUCAGUUCGUCCAAGAUCCACGCUCUCUUUCUGGUAUUUUUUUUCAUAGUGGUCUCAUACUUGGUUUUUGUUUCAAACCAAAGCUCCAGUAGUCGCCGCUCCAGUGCUACUGUCCAGGAUUCCAUGAUGACCGACAAAAAGGCAAGGAGAGAAGCUUCACCAACAACGAAAGCCGGAAGGUGGCAGAACACGAUGCAAGCUGCAAGAUCAUGCCAAGAUGCGCUUUGAACGAGUUUAUUUUUCCCGCCACUGUACUGCGCCAGAAUGGCUGAAAGUGGCUGAAUCCAUUCAGCGCUCCCAUUCAGCGCUUUGAAAACGGCUGACUGCUGAAAAAGGCUGAAGCCGAAAAUUCAGCCGUUUCCGUAGCGACGAUGACGUCAAAAAGCGCUUUUUUCUGCUGAAUGGCUGAAUUGCGCUUGGUGUGACCGCGGCCUUAGGCCAGAACCCGCCCAGCCACCACCUCCAGCUGCUGCUCAUUUAUGGUGUGCUGUAUCUGGAACCGAUUUUGAUUGCUGCAUUUUAGCCAACACACGUGCAUUGUGUUGCUGUGCCGAUCUGCAGAAUGCUCCCUGGUGCACUAACAGAGGUAUUUGACAUGACAACGAGUAUGUCUAGCCCUACGCUAAGCAGCUGUUUUUUGCCUCCCGCUGUGACUGAAAAGCCUCUGCUGAUAACUACACAGUAGACGGCGUUGCAUCCUUCUGCCGGAUUCUCUGAUUUCAAGUACCGGCAUGUAACGCCAUGACGUCAUUAUCAAUUUUGAUGCUGCAUCAUCAGCUAGGUGGUUUUGGAACUUUUCAAGGAAGGUCCGGGCGCUGCACUGGCUGUAAAUGAUCUUUGUGGCAACAAAACAUGAUUGAACCGUA